UCAUUGUUUGUGGUUAUUCGUAAAAUCUUAAACGUAUUAUUUACGUUGACAUAUAUUUCUGGUUUGAUGUUUUGCUUCAAUCUGGUUUACUAUGUCUCCUUAAUACUUAUUUUAACUUUUAGGCAGUUGGGGUGAAGUUAGCGUUUUUAGAAGAUUGCCAUAAGAUGCAAAAAUCAAAGAAAGUUAUUACCGUCAAGAGAAAGAAACACGACAAAAACCGCAAACGAAAACAAUCCUCCAGUUCAGAAAGUAGUAGCAACGAUAGCAGCAGCAAUUCCAGCACCUCCUCUAGUUCUUCCGAUGAAGACUUGUCGAAAAAAAGAAGGAUCACAAACUCUCAUACUCGCAAAAGGCAUUCGUCUACCUCAUCAAGCUCGUCUACCUCUUCAUGCAGUAGCAGUAGUGCAAGCUCCAGCAGUAGCUCCACCUCAUCUUCAGACCAUGCGAAGAAGAAAAGUAGAUAUGAAUCUGGUAAGAAAAAGUCAAAAAGUACUGGGACACUUAAAACUAGAAAGCUAAAAAAGGAAACAAAUAAUAAAGCAAAAAAAAGAAAGCACCUCCAAGAGAAAAAGAAAAAAAUCAAGUGCAGUGAAGACAAGAGUAACGACAUUCCUCUAGAUUUGAUGGACAAAAGUAAGUCCAUGGCUCCAAUGACGAAGGAAGAGUGGGACAAAAAGCAGAGUGUUGUACGGAAAGUUUUUGAUGAAGAAACUGGCAGGCAUCGGCUUAUAAAGGGAGAUGGGGAAGUAUUAGAAGAAAUAGUAAGUAAAGAAAGGCACAAAGCUAUCAAUAAACAAGCAACCAAGGGCGACUCUGAAUACUUCCAAAGCAAAUUGUCGCAAAGUCUCAAAUAAUAUUUUUUAUCAAUUUUGUUUCCAUAUUGUUAUUGUAAUAUAGGCUAUGAUUUGCAAAAUAGUGGAAUUGAAACAAAUUAAAUUUU